AUGCACUCGGCCCGAACAGAGCUAGUACCGUCGUCCAGUGACGUCAUUAAGAUUCUCAUCUCCACAGACAAUCACUUAGGCUACCUGGAAAAGGAUCCUGUUCGCGGCGAUGACUCCUUUCGCGUCUUUGAAGAAGUCCUGCAACUGGCGACCGUGAACAAAGUCGACAUGCUCUUACUCGGUGGUGACCUCUUCCACGACAACAAGCCCUCUCGCAGUACCAUUUUGAAAACAAUGCGACUUCUUCGUCAGCACUGUCUAUCUCCCGACGGUGAAAUCCAUCUGGCAGUGCGCUCAGACCCUGCUGCUGUCAAUUACAUGGAUCCCUGCGUUGCCGUAUCCCUUCCAGUCUUUGUCAUUCAUGGAAACCAUGAUGAUCCUACUGGCGGAACAGGCCUUGAGGCUCUCAGUUCCCUUGAUCUUCUCGCACAGGCUGGUCUGAUUACAUAUUUUGGUCGAGCCGUCUCUUCAAAGAAAGUUGAGGUUGCCCCUAUUCUUUUGCAAAAAGGCCAAACAGCAUUAGCGCUAUACGGCCUGGGAAAUGUUAGAGAUGAGGUAUUGUACGAUACUUGGGCGCGCCAAAAGCGAGUCAAAUGGCUCAGUCCAGAGCAACCCGCAAAUCUUCAGGCAGAACGCCAUUUGGAUGUGGAGGGAAGCGAUAGAGACGGCGACGAACGCAGCGACCAUGUCCCCUGGUUUAAUUUGUUUGUGCUGCACCAAAACCGCCUUACCCGCGGAUCUUCGAGGGGCAUUUCAGACACUCUUUUACCACCCUGGCUUGAUUACGUCGUCUGGGGGCAUGAACACGAUAGCAUACCUGACCUCACGCUAUCGAAACCACCAAUCGUGCAACCAGGUUCCACAGUUGCAACUUCACUGUCCGCAGGGGAGGCCAAGCCCAAGCAUGCCAUUUUGCUUGAGGUAUACAAAGGAAAACUUAAGCAUCGCUCCGUCCCAUUAUACACGGUGCGAAACCUCCAUUUUGAAGAUAUUGUUCUAUCUGAACAGUCAGGGCUGUCCGAAACAGAUCCUGAGGGGCUGAACAAGUUUUUGGAGGACUCUAUCAACGACGUGGUCGAGAGGCAGGAGACUUUGUUUGAUCACAAAGUAGCGACCUUUCAAGGUGGCACUUCCAAGGAGGUGGUCCAUGGAGUGCGAUAUCCCCCACGUUCUUUCUAUACUGACAAACUUAACUCUAUAGUCCGGCAACCACUGAUAAGACUUCGCGUAGAAAUAACCGGCAACUGGGAAUCACCUAAUCCCAUAAGAUUUGGUCAGGCUUAUGUUGGUCGAGUUGCGUCAGCGGCAGACAUGCUAUUGUUUUACAGAAGCAAGAGAGGAUUGCGAAAGAAGACAAGAACCUUCUUACAGGGGAAUGCAUCUGCGAUGGUGAGCGAAGAUGAAGAGGAUGGUCCUGGUAAUGUCCCGCUUUCGCAGACAGAUGACGAUGGACGGGAUGUGAUUCAUAUCCCCAAGCUUGUCCAAUAUUUUCUCUACCAUCGGCAAGGAGGUGGCAGUGGCCUGAAGUUUCUUGAGUUAGACAAGCUUACUGGUGCUGUGGACCAAUUUGUCAACAAGAUGGAAAACCAAGCCAUUCCCGAUUACGUGCAGUCCUAUAUGGCUGUGCAACUGAAGAAAACGCUAAAAGAAGCUAACAACGGCGGAGAAACACUGGAUGAGAGCGAAUUGCUGGAGAGGUUUAAGAAGGAAGCCAACGCAGCUGUGACUCGAACUUUAGUCGAGUCUCAACCACAGAAGGUGAAGGAUGGUAAAGCUGAUGCGACAAAGGGGAUCGACGCAGGCAGUGAGAAGUGUCUUGCAAAGGAUGAGGUGGAGACCGGCGAUGGAGUAAAAGAGAAAAAGGAGAUGCACAGCACAAUACAAGAAAGACUUGAAGAUGUACACGCAGUGCUAGCAGGUCAUCCCACGCUUUUGGCAACAUUGGAGAGGACUGGUCGAAUCGCGAGUGACGACGAUGGCGACAGUGGCAAGAAAACACCAAGUAAACGCUCAGCACGUUCUACCGGGAGAGAAACUAGUCGGGUUCGCGGCAGCGCGAGAAGCAAGCUAACAACUUCAAGAAGAACGGCUACUGCAAGAAAACCGCCUCCACGAGAAGCGAAUCCUCGGCGAGCCUCUCGAGUAGACUCGAUGGUCAUUGAGGAUAGUGAUGAAGAACAAAUUGAAGCUGCUAACAAACAAAUUGUCCUGAGCGAGUCUGAAGAGGAAUACGUGCCCGUACCUUCUACAAGAAAACGACGACCGCGAGCCAGCGCAUCCGGAAGCAGGAGUGCCUCUCGGAGUAGGUUAGAGCAAGCUCCCACCUCACAACCUCGACGUUCUGCGUUCGCAAUGCGAGCAAGAGCGCGAAGGAAUACGGCAACAAUCGACUUGGAUGAAGAGAGUGGUGACGACGCAAUGUAA